UUUCCACAUUUCUGUCAAGCUGACCCAAGUCUCAACAAAACCAAUAAAGAAUCAGCAAUCAGUGGAGAAUGAAGAAAAAUGCUUAAGAGAAUUUUUGAGACAUUUGUUUCUAAACAGACAGCAGAUCUUUGUGAUUCUCGUGGUUAUUUCUGAAACUGUCGUUCAGGAAGUUAAAGUAAAGUUUAUAUCGCUGGAGCUCAAACAGUGAAAAUGGCUUCAGCAGCUGAAGAUGAUUAUAUUUGUCCUGUAUGUCAAGAAAUCUUCAAGGCUCCUGUUCUUCUAUCAUGUAGUCACAGUGUCUGUAAAGAGUGUCUUCAACAGUUCUGGAGAACCAAGAAAACUCAGGAGUGUCCUGUCUGCAGGAGAAGAUCCUCAAAAACUGAACCUCCUGCUAAUCUUGCAUUAAAAAACUUGUGUGAGUCGUUCCUGAAGGAGAGAAAUGAGAGGCGUUCAUCAGGAUCUGAGGAGAUCUGCAGUUUACACAGUGAGAAACUCAAACUCUUCUGUCUGGAGGACAAACAGCCUGUGUGUUUAGAGUGUAUGAAUUCACAAAAACACGACAAUCAUAAAUUCAGAACCAUCAGUGAAGUCGUUUCAUUAUAUAAGGAGGAUCUCAAUACAGCACUGAAGUCCUUACAGAAGAAACUUCAACACAAUGAAGAAAUGAAAGGAGAGUUUGAGAAAACAGUUCAACACAUCAAGUCUCAAGCUGAGCACACAGAGCGUCAGAUUAAACAGCAGUUUGAGAAGCUUCAUCAGUUUCUCAGAGAUGAAGAAGAAGCUACAAUCACUGCACUGAGGGAAGAAGAGGAGCAGAAGGAGCAGAUGAUGAAGGAGAAGCUGGAGGAGAUGAACAGACACAUCUCAGCUCUUUCACACACAAUCAAAGACAUGGAGGAGAUGAUGAAAGCCAAUGACGUCUGCUUUCUGAAGGAGUUUCCAGUCUCAAUGGAAAGAGUCCAGAGCUCACAGCCGGGUCCACAGAUGGCUUCUGGAGCUUUGAUUCAUGUGCCACGUUACUUGGGCAACCUGCCGUUCAGAGUCUGGAAGAAGAUGCAGGACAUCGUCCAAAACACUCCUGUCAUUCUGGAUCCAAACACGGCUCAUCCACGUCUCGUCCUGUCUGAUGAUCUGACCAGUGUGAGAUACAGCAGGAUAAAUCAACCUGUUCCUGAUAAUCCAGAGAGAUUUGACCAGCAUCUCUAUGUUCUGGGUUCAGAGGGAUUUAACUCAGGAACGCACUGCUGGGAUGUGGAGGUUAAAGAGGGUUCAUGGUGGACUGUUGGAGUAACUUCAGCAUCAAACCAGAGGAAGGGACGUGAUUUCUUUGACACUGAUGUCUGGAGUGUGAGUUAUGAUGAGGAUGGAGAGUGUGAAUCAUCUAUGAAUGAAUUUUGUGUUAAUCAGAAGCUUGAUCGUGUGAGAGUGAAUCUGGACUAUGACAGAGGAACGGUGUCAUUCUCUGAUCCUGUAGCUAACACACAUCUACACACAUUCACAACCACCUUCACUCACACACUCUUUCCAUUCUUCAGUUGUUAUGGUGACUCUCUGAGGAUCUUAGCGGGAAAUAGUCAGUAAACGUUACUCCUGUAGAUCUGGAUCUUCCAGAUUUCAUCAUGUUUCCAAUAUUUAUUGCAGAUCACAUGAGUAAGAGUGCUGUUGAUCUGAAUAUCAGUACGGUGGCUGUGAUUGGGCCGUGAUGAUCACAUGACUGAUAUCCAGCACUACAGCAACACCCACACUCUCAUAUUGCUUUAAUACAACAGAUCAAUAAACAAGAAGUUUUCAUUUAUAUUCCACCUCACACAAUUAGACUGAUUAGAAAGCAUUUUAGCAUUCAUGUUUUCAGGCAAAUUACCAUUUAACUGAUUAUUUCAGUCAAGUGUGGCUCUAAUUUUCCCAUGUUAAUCAAAUAUAAUUUUAUCGUUCUAGUCACUUAACCAGUUAAUUUUAUACAUGAAAAAAUUUCAGUUUUGUUGUAAAUGAAUGUUUAUUUCAGUUAUAGAGGUUAAAUGAUCAUUUGUUUGUUGAAAUAAUCCACAAAAGUGUUAAUAAAAUAUGAAUGCUUAGUAUAGAAAUACUUGAUUCAGCCGUUACUACAAAACAUAUCUUAAAUUAAGUCAUGUUUUGUUUUUAAGACCAGUAAUGUUUUCACACCAGUAAUGUUUUUUUCUAAGGCAUAUUUAUAAAUGUUACUUAAAUAUCCUAAUUGAACUAAGGCCUAAUCCUGGCUUAAAAAUGGUAUUAAAAGUAUUAAAUUGGGGUCAAAUUGAGCAACUGACUUGCCAAAAUGGCUUCAUUACAUCAUGACAGUCGACAAUAAUAAACAUGGCAGAGGCCACAGAGAGAACA